GAAGUCUUUACCUGGGAGAAAGAGAGAGGCGGGGCCUGCAAUAUGUUGCUCCAGCAGAAAGAAGAAAGAGAAGAGAAAGGAGGGGUUGGAUGAACACAGGUGUGCGUAUUAUGAAAACCAGCUGAAUGAUGGUUAUGAAAAUUGUGGUGGCCAGCUGAGACUCGGGAUUGAUGGAGUGUACGGCUUUGUCGCCUGGUUCCAAGGUGCUUCAGAGCAGCACUGGCAAACAGGAUUGAUGCAUAUGGAUUUGUGUGUGCAGUCUUGGUUCUUUCUCAUCAGGAUUGCACCUGUAACUUCCAGCAGAGUUUCUUCCAGAGAGCAUAACCGAAGUCUACAAAAGUCCACAACACAAUGGCCACACAAAGCGUUGAAUCUGACUUCUCAUGGGAGGUGAAGGCAAACAGCCACCACUGCCAUAAAGACAAACUGAAGAAAUCUUUCCUGUGCUUCCACUGGGGUCGGUACUCGGACAACGUGGUGCGCAGCUACAAAUAUUCCCCUCUGACGUUUCUGCCCCUGAUGCUGUUCGAGCAGUUCCAACGAGUGGCUAAUUUCUAUUACCUGCUUAUGGUGACGUUGCAGUGUGUCCCUAUCAUUUCCACCAUACCCUGGUACAUCGCCAUGAUCCCACUGCUUGCCGUCCUCAUCGUGAGAGGUUUGAAAGAUUUCGCCAAUGACAUGGCAAGGAGACGCAGCGAUUCACAGAUUAACACCCGACCCUGUGACAUACUCAUUUCCCAGAGAUUUAAUGCAGCACGGUGGAAGGACCUGUGUGUGGGAGAUAUAGUGCGAAUCCACAAAGACCAAGUCAUCCCUGCGGACCUUCUCCUCCUGUGUAGUUCAGAGAAUCACAGUCUCUGCUAUGUGGAGACGGCGGACAUCGAUGGAGAAACCAACCUCAAGUAUCGGCAGGCGCUCGAUGUUACGCACUCCGAGCUGACCUGUCACCCCUCAGAGGAGUCCCUUGCAGCUUUUGAUGGUGUUGUGUUCUGCGAGGAACCCAACAAUCGCCUGUAUAUCUUCAGAGGAGAGCUGCACUGGCAAGGACAGUGUCAUCUGCUGGACAAUGAGCACAUCCUCCUGAGGGGAACAGUCCUACGCAACACUGAGUUUGCCUAUGGCUUGACCCUAUAUGCUGGCACUGACACCAAGAUCCUGAAGAACUGCGGGAAACUGACAGUAAAGAAGACACAAAUGGAAAAAGUUUUUAACAGGCUGGUGAUCGGGAUUGUCCUGGGUGUGCUGCUGAUAGCUGCGUGUCUUGCCAUAGGCAGCUGUAUUUUUUCGAGUCAGGUCAUGAGCCUGACAGAGGAUUUAUAUUUUCUGGUGGUUAACGGCAAUCCGGUCUACACCGGCUUUAUCGCCAUGUGGAGCUACGUCCUCCUGCUCAGCCCAGCCAUGCCUGUAGCCCUCUACAUCUCGUUUGAUCUGAUUCACACGGUUCACAGCCUCUUCAUUAACUGGGACUUAGAGAUGUAUUGGCAGGAGGCAGACAAACCAGCCCAGGCCAGAAACACCUCCCUGAAUGAAGAGCUGGGCCAAGUGGAAUACCUGCUGAGUGACAAAACUGGGACACUAACCCAGAACCGUUUGCUCCUCAGACAGUGCUGCAUAGCUGGGGAGAUCUACGGGGAUGUAUCCAUCAGCGCAGAGGACAUGGAGCCCAUGGACUUGAGCUGGAAUCCAUUCUCGUGUGGCACUCUGUUCAUGUCAGCUCCCAGUCUAGUGGAGAAUCUCAGAGGACAACAGUGUCCACUCAGCAGUCAGUUUUUCAAAGCACUGUCUUUGUGUCACACUGUCAUGGCGGAGUGGAAGGAAGAGAGACCAGUUUACCAGGCCGCAUCCCCAGACGAGGAGGCUCUUGUUGGUGCAGCCAGGGAGCUUGGCUGGGUCUUCCUCUCACGGACAAGAGACUUUGUUGUUGUUUCCGAGCUGGGUGUUACCCGACAGUAUCAGUUGCUGGCACUGUUGGACUUUACCAGCAAAAGGAGACGCAUGUCUGUACUGGUUCGGGAGCCAGAGGGUGGGUUGAAGCUCUACUGUAAAGGCGCAGACAUGGUGAUCCUGGAGAGACUGCAGAAGGACAUUCCAUUUCAGGAAAGGACUGAAAGAGCACUUGAGCUAUUUUCUCAGUCCUGUCUGAGGACUUUGUGUGUUGCUGUUCGAUCGGUUCCUGAGGCAUCUUGGGAGCAGUGGCGCAAAACUCUGACCCGGUCUGCUACCAUGGCAACAUGUGAUCGCGAUGCACUGUUGGAGAAGCUAUAUGAUCAAAUGGAGACGGAGCUCCUGCUUUUGGGGGUGACGGCCAUAGAAGACCGGCUUCAGGAUGGUGUUCCCGAGACUAUUUCUCUCCUUCAACAUGCUGGCAUUAAAGUAUGGGUACUAACUGGGGACAAAAAAGAGACUGCAGUGAACAUCGGAUAUUCUUGCAAACUACUGGAUGCUGAUACCAGAUUACUGGAAUGGCAGGAGCUGAGACAAAUACUCCAGGCCCCAGAUCCCAGGGUCAGUUUCCACAAGGCCAGACAGACGGAGGUGUGGGCUGUAGACAAGGAGACGGCCAGGCCAAAGACUGCUGUGGUCCUCACUGGAGCUGAACUGGUAGAGUUUGACCAAAGACCAGAAUGGGGUGCUAAGUUCAUGAGUCUGGCAAGUCAGUGUGAGUCAGUGCUGUGCUGCCGUGUGACACCUGGGCAGAAAGCUGACAUCGUCACAAUGGUCAAGAAACACACCAGCUCUGUAACCAUGGUAAUUGGGGAUGGUGCCAAUGAUGUAAACAUGAUCAAGACGGCUCAUGUUGGUGUGGGACUGGCAGGAGUGGAGGGAGGUCAAGCAGUGCAGAAUGCAGACUUUGCCUUGUCCCAGUUCAGGUUUCUGCAGAGGCUGCUAUUGGUCCAUGGGCGCUGGUCAUACAGGCGCAUUUCCACCUUCCUGCGGUAUUUCCUAUUCAAGACCUGCAGCUUUGCUCUGGUGCACAUAUGGUAUGGAUUCUUCAAUGGCUUCAGUGCACAGCGGCUGUAUGAGACAUGGUUCAUCUCUCUCUACAUAGCCCUCUAUACAUCGUACCCAGUUAUGUGUAUGGCCUUCUUUGAGCAGGAUGCGAGUGCAGAAAACAGCCUGAAGUAUCCAGAGCUGUACAAGACUGGCCAGAGACGGGAGCUCUCCAGCCCUCUGAUGCUUUCCUUGUCGCUGGUGUACGCUCUCUAUGCCUCGCUUAUUCUCUUCUUCAUACCUUAUGGAGUUUUCCACGACACAGCCUUUGACUACCAGACCAUGGCCGUCACUGUCUCCAUGGCAGCAACAUUUACUGCCACGAUUGAGAUUAUUCUGGUGACGAGAUACUGGACAAAGUUCAAUUUUUCAGUUGUGUGCGUCUCUGUGUUGCUGUUCUUCAUCUUUACCAGGAUCUUCCAAAGCUCACGCUUGUUUCAGAAUUCUCCCAUUGACUUCUUCUUUGUUGGUGUGUCUGAGAAGGCCUUCCUCGACCCAGUUGUAUGGCUCACUGCUCUGCUCACUGCCUGGGUGGCUGUUCUGCCCUCCUUGACCGCUCAUGGCCUCAAUAUCAUCCUUACCAUCAACAACACACACAAGGUCCACAGCAUGUCCACUCAGCCGGUGGAGCUGAAGUCAAAGUUCAGCAGAGGAUCCUUUGGUCGCUCGUCUUUUGCCAUCUCUCAGGGCGCUGGAGCUGGACGCCACAUCACUUCUGCGACCCACAUUCACAGCAGAGAUCCACCAGUGGAUAAGAAGGUGACUACAUGUAAUAUCUCCCCCACCAAGGCCAAACUCUCAUGAAGGACAAUAGUAAUGCCUUGAACGGAAUGUGAAUAAUGAAUGAAUUUUAAAUGGGGAAAAUGUGAGAAUAUAUAGAUUUAGUCUCCAACGUAGAAUUGAAAUCAUGACUUAUCAAUAUGUCUGCAUUUGUACUGUUUUUGUGGACCCAUUGCUCUUUUCUAUGGCUACAAUUUUCCAAUAAAGAAAAUAAUAUGUACAAAAUACAUUAUGUUCCACAAAUCUAGUUUAUUACCUUUACAUGUAAACACUAUGUACAGCUUUCCUCUCUGUGAAUAUCGCCUCUUUGAUGUAUGUAGGAGCUUUGUGGUAAAAAUCAAAUUCCCCUCUGCUGGGGUCACAGGGGAUUCCCUUCAAAGAUCAAAACAAACUCAAUAAACUGACAGCGCAGCUUUGUUUUACAA